ACGACGUCACCAUACAGUCUGCAUGCACCGGGCACGAUGCUGUUGCGUAAACGAUUUUAACUAUUAAAAGCACGUUUGUAAUCUUACAAACACUGUAUAUAAUGUCGCUGGCUCGAUAUGUGCCCCCUCAAGACGCGCGCACUGCCGACUGGCUUGGCCACGGUAACUGGAGACUGCUGUUUUACAUUCUUGGAUUGUACAUCGGCAUCGUAAAAGUACUUCUCCCGCAGUAUAUGAUUAACCGAAAGGAAUACAAACUUCUAGGCGUUAUACGCACGUAUAAUUUCCUACUGAUCAUUGUCAAUGUGUUUUUCCUGUAUAACCUUGGCACGAAGACCUACUUUGGUGGCGGGUACAGCUGGUUCUGUCAGGGUCUGGAUAGGACUAACCCAGACCUGAGCAUCCUGCGGAUCAACUACAGCUAUAUGUUUGUGCGAAUGUUCGAGUUUCUCGAUACGGUGUUUUUUGUGCUGCGUAAGAAAUACAGCCAGGUUACUUUCCUGCACGUAUCGCAUCAUUGCCUUGCUAUCAUCUUGCCGUGGUGCGGGAUCCAAUACGGAAUCGACGGCCAGGCCUGUUUGAUGGUCGUGUUCAAUAUGACGGAACAGAUCCUUAUGUACACAUACUAUUUUCUGUCAUCAUUUCCAUUCUUUCGACCAUAUCUCGGCUGGAAACGCUAUCUCACUCUAUUUCAAAUCGUGCAGUUUGCCGUUAUCGGCAUUCAUAUGACCUUGCCACUAUUAUAUGAUUGCAACUAUCCCAUUUUGAACUCACUCACUGUGGUAACGGCAUUUGUGUAUUUCUUUUUAAUGUUCCUUGUAUUUUAUCUCAGUACGUAUAGAAAGAGGAGCUUAAGUGCAUCAAAAUGUUCACUAGAACUACAAGAAAUUGAUCAAUCACGGAAAAUUACCUAGAAACCUUUUCAUAACGGAUACGAUACGUAAUAGCAUAGAAACUACAAGUGGAAAAACGGAACUGAAAGGACACGUUCGGAUUGUAAGAAAAUGGUAAUUCGUUAGUCAAGGUGUGGAUGUCUGUCUUUAACUCUAUGAAGUGUGAUUAGAUUGAUUUAAUUCAAGCCUAGCUGAUCUACUGGUAAAAUACAAACUAAAAACACCUUUAUUUAAAAAUAUGUGAUACAAUAAUCAGUCAUUUGUCCAAUCUCAUAACAAUAUUUGAACUAUAUGUAAACAAUGAAGAAAUUAUUAUGCUGUUCGGUCCAAACAACUAUGAAUAAGCACAUUUAGGUCUCACCGCCAUGAACGUAAUUUGGCCGAAAAUCAAAUAGAAUAUUAGAAGUAAUAUUUAGAUCAUGAAACGCAUAAAAUUCAUCUGGAUCAAACACUCCCUGUAUUCUUCCAUAUAUUUCAUUUAUUCUUAAAAAAAUACAUGUGUGUGGUUUAUUGAUGCGUGCUGCACAUUUCGAUUGUAAGAGAAAUAAAUGAAGAUUGUAAACCAUUAUGAAGUGCCUCUGUUAUUCCACGGGGCGUCUUAGGUUCAUAAAUAUAUAUAUAAAUAUAAAUGUAAAAUAAACAUAAAUAUACAUAUUAUAGAAACAUUUGUCCCGCUUAGGGUUUUACCGGGUUAGUACCGCGCUUUGCGAUGUUUUAAUCUUGGCAAUCGUUCUAUUCGUGGUCACCGAUGUUAGUUCUGAUCCAGUGCUUUACCACAAUAACAGCGCAAGCGAUGAACCCUUACGUAAGUACAACAUUAUGCCACUACACGGUCAUUCAUUCAAUGCUCAUAGUAUAAUAGAUAAAUGUAUGCAAACUAUGUUCGUGGGAUCUCCUUAAGGUCACGUGCAUACGUGGCCUUAUGGAAAGAGGGGUACAAAAUAUCAGAGACGUGCCUUCGAUUCUCAAAUGUCGCUGCGCUUCCAGUAAACAAUGUACAAAUUUCUAUUGCUCGUUUUGUACUUACCAUACUUCAGCUACUUCCUUAUUAAAAGCUCAUCGUGAGGGAUAUACAUUUGCGGAAGUGACAGCCAUUUAAAGAUUGUUAUACACGUAGUAUGAGCAUUAGGUGUGGUGAAUACCUUGUAAACCAACGAGCGAUAAUUUGCCUGCCUUUUUUCUAUCUUUCUUUCGCGUUUAUCCGUUGAAAUCACUAUCCAUCCAAAAUUUUCGAUGGGAUACUUCCGAGCCCUUUUUAUUACUCACUUACCCUGCAACUACUUGCAACAUUAUUGAAUAGUCAAAUAUAGAGUAUUUUUGAUUUCUACUUUUCUUCUAUAUGGAUUAUAGUAUCGAUGCUAUUUUCAACGUCCUAAGCGCUACAAGAUUUCGUUGUGUGACAGUAUCUGAGUGACACGGCGCUAAUCAUCCUGAUGUUUUGGCGAUUCCACCUCUCUGACACUUGUUUUGCACAGGGGGCAUCUGCUUGGUGGAGCCUGAUCUUAGUUGUCCUUUCUAACGUCCCGGUUAUGGGGCCUUCACUGAAAGCUAAAUUUUACAUCAUUCUCUACAUGUUCUAAAAACCCAAACUUAAACUUAUCAGAAUAAUUCAGCAAGAUAAUUUCGAACACCAUCCAGAAAAGCGCUGCCACGUUCUAAUACUAUUUUUAAGCUUUAGAAUUUUCUUACGAUGAAAUAAAUUUAUUAUAAAUAUAAAUAUUUUUAUCACGAAAAUAUUUUUAGGCAAUCCCACGGCAACUUCUUGAGCUGGUAUAAAGUUCCGCCGCAAAAGUGCUAUUAUUUUUUAUGCAUUAGUUUUACAUCUCUUGGUACACGUAAGAUUAGUUUACUUUGUCAACGAUAACUAGAGCUUACAGUUUGUACAUUAGAUUUCGACUUACGAGAUUUUGUAGACAUUUUUACGAAAAGUCUAUAUGAAUUGUUGUUAUAAGCAACAUCUAACGAUCAACCCCAUUUUUGAUAAGCACUAUGAAAAGUAACACUGUAACAGAAAGAAAAUCCUCAAAAAAUCAGCGUGAAGGUGACAACCUACAUUUUAUGUUUAUUCCGUCUAAUUUUAUUAGAUUUGCAAACAUCUGGACAUACUAGAGAAAAAGCAUGAGAAAAAGUAGCCAAAUUAGAUGGAAUACGAAGCUUCUGUAUACGUAGCUACUUUACUGAAAUUACCUGGAAGAUGACAGAAAUCAUUUUUUUACUAAGACGUCUCUCUACACGCAGUAUACUACAUUUCGGAUUUUGGAGCAUACGUAGCACUCUUUUUCAACCGUUUCUUUUGUACUUUUGAGUUGAAAGAAAUAAUGUGUAAAUAUCAAAAUUUUCCGAGCCUACUCAGAUUAAUGUUUCAUUUCAAGUCUGGUUCAUUUUUGGCCGAAUUGGUGGCCUAAAAUCACUUUUAAAAAAUAAUAUUGUUAAUUAAACUUACAUCUAUUUAUGAAAACCACACCGUACGCGGAACAAGAAUUCUGACCUACAUCUUCAGGUUCUUGUUACUGGAAAAACUUUUCCGGUACUUGUUGUUAGUAGUGGUUGAAGUUUUUAGCUGUCCUACAGGCGUAUUGUUGACUUAGGAGGAACGACGACGUUGAACCUUGGCUGCCCAAACUUUCACAAUAAGAUAUAUGUAUGUAUAUAUAUAUAUAUAUAUAUAUAUAUAUAUAUAUACUGUAAUUUAUCUGCUAUAUUCACUGUAGAACCUGAAUUAAUGCGCGCGUUAAAUUUAACUCUGACCAACCUCUCCGAUGGUUGAUGGGUCCAACUUAGCCCUCCAAUUGAAUCCAACCAUCUUAGCCUUGUAUAAUAAACACAACAAUAACAAACAAAAAAAGGAAAAUCUCCGUCGUCGUGUUUGUAUGCAAAAGAUCAUCGAACUUACUUGCAGGCUCGUGACUUUACCAGCUCAG